AUGACAGAUAGCGAAGUGAGUACAGAUGGGGAGUCAGAGUGUUCAACGGUUGAAGUUGCGAACGUCGAUUUGGCUGCUUCCUAUCGCCCUGAAGGGGUGUUUCACCUCACGGAGACACUGACUGAGUCACAGUCUGCCAAGCCCACCAAGAGCCGGCAUUUUACUCCCAACAUUCAGGCGCUGGUCCUCACAACGAUUCUUUUCACGGUGAUAACCCUCGCACAACUGGUAGCGGCGCAGAUCGCGAACUCACAAGCCCUGCUAAUGGACUGCAUCUCGAUGGGCGUUGAUGCACUCACCUACAUGGGCAACAUCUGGGUGGAGUGCCGGAAGCGAGACGGUGCCCCUCACGAGGGCUCCCAGAUUAUUGUUUGCGUUUUGUCAUUGAGUUGUUUGCUGUAUUGCACCUGGAGUGCUUCUCAGGAAAGCUUGGACACCAUUCAGGGCUGCCAGGGGCUUGCAGUUAGCGAGGAGGCGCCGUCUGACGACGUCAACGGGAACAUCACUCUGGCCUUUGGUCUGGGUGGAGUUGUGUUUGACGUCAUUUCGCUUUGGUCGUUUCGCCGUAGCCACCGAAAGCAGGUUGAGGGACCUGCGGUGAAUAUGUUCACCGCUCUUUUGCACGUUGGGGCGGACUUCCUGCGCUCAGUGUCGACAGUUGUGAUGUCCCUCCUGAUCAUGUUUGCACACGUGGACUCCACCUGCUUGGACGCCUACACAAGCCUGGUGAUCGGUGCUUCCAUCGUGGCUGGAGCUUUCUUCGGCUUGGUCAACUUGGGAAAGCUUCUGAGGCAGUGGUCUCGGAGGAUCGCAGCCAGAAGUGCUUCAUAA